AACUUAGAAGGAUACCGCGUGCAGACAUCUUCCAUGGUCGAUCAUGCAAGGUAAAAUAAAGCCAGAAUUGAUACAAAACCAACCAAAGCAGGCUGGUUUAACAUGUGCUCAUACUCACCCCGUGCGGUACCGUUGCUAUGUGGUCCAUUCUGAAGCUAUCCUCCAGUCUACCACUUGUUGGCAGUGUUCUACCCUGUUUGAGGAGACGCCUAAGCAGCAUAAACCGUUUGAAUGUUGACCUGCACUGUGGAACCGUGUGUGGGAUUGUUGAGAAGCUGCCGGAUGGGAAUGAUUUCUACGCGUUCCGUGGAAUACCGUACGCCGAGUCCCCGGUCGGUGAGAAUCGCUUCCAGCCUCCAGUUCCGGUGACGAAGUUCGUAACGCCCGUGCUGGACUGCAGCACGGAACGGGACACCUGUGUGGCGAAAAAUCCCUUCAACCAGCAAUGGCAAGGCUCGGAAAACUGUCUACAUCUGAACGUGUACACGCCGCAGAUGAACCGGCCCGAUGCACCCCUUCCGGUGAUGGUAUUUAUCCACGGCGGAGCGUUCAAGUAUGGCAGUGGAAAUAGCGAUUGUUACUCACCAGAAUAUUUGCUCGAGCAAAAUGUGGUCGUCGUAACGUUCAACUAUCGGCUCGGUCCGCUCGGCUUUCUGCAUCUGCCGUCGCAGGGCAUCGAGGGUAAUGCGGCGCUUCACGAUCAGCUGCUCGUCCUACGCUGGGUUGCUGACAACAUCGCUCACUUCAACGGUGAUCCGCACAAUGUGACGCUGUUUGGUGAAAGUGCCGGCGCCGUAUCGGUCCACCUGCAUCUUCUGUCGCCCCUGUCCACACCGUUCUUCCACAAAGCGAUCUGCGAGAGCAGCGUGGCGCUAGCAGAUUAUGCCGUACCGAACGAUACGCUUGGGAAUUCGCGACGCCUUGCGCAGCUGCUCAAUCCUUCCGCCCACAGUGAUGCAGAGAUGGUGGAAACGUUGCGAUCGGCACCAGCACAGCGGUUGGCCGAGCUUUGCGAUCAAACGGCAAUCGGGGAGGAAAAGCGUGGGUCCAUCAUAAUGCCAUUCCGACCGGUGGUGGACCAGUCGGCGAAGGAACCAAUCGUUCCGUUGCAUCCUAUUAAAGCGUUGGGCAUUGAUGGUCGCAUUCCUGCCAUACCGCUGCUGCUCGGUUACAACAACCGGGAAGGAGGUUCGUUUCUAACGCACAUCCUAAAGCACCCCGAGCUCUACCGAGCAGACCUGGAGCGGAUCAUUCCGCGCACGAUCGGUGUAACGCAUGGCACGCCGGAAGCGAAAGAGCUGGCCCGUGCGAUCGAAGCGUUCUACUUCGGCCCGGAAGGCCUCUCACAUCGCAAGGUAAACGAAUGUGCCGAUCUGAUGUCGGACUUUAGCUUUACGAUCCUGAUGAGGGUGACGGCGGAGAUGCAUGCCCGGUACCAGCACCGGUCGCAACUGUUCUUCUAUCGGUUCGAGUACGAUGGAGAGUUGAACCAGUACAAGAAGUUUCUGCCCUUCCCGAUUGCCGGAGCCUACCAUGCCGACGAGCUGGGAUAUCUGUUUCGUAUGCGAAUGCGGCCGAAAGAGGUACAGCCACAGUCGGUCGAAGCACGUGUACGCCGGUUCAUGUGCCGGAUGUGGACCAACUUUGCCCGGUACGGCAAUCCGACACCGCCGCACGAUGAGUCGCUCCGUUUCGGCUGGACGCCAGUGCCAACGCUCGAACCGGACUCCACUGCACCGUUCCACCUGCCGUACCUGCGCAUCAACGGCGAACCGGAGAUGGCGCUCGAUCCGGACAAGGAAAGGAUAGACUUUUGGCGGCAAAUUUAUGACAAAUUCAAUGGAGGAUUCCAUAAACCCGUCGCUAAGCUUUAGAAUCGUUUAUUCCAGCCCUUAUUUAUGA